CCUGCCUCCUCACGCACCGCGCAGGGAGCAAAAGUAUCUUGCGCUUUUCUUUUUUUUUUCCUUUCCAUGAAAACUCUUCACCAUCAGUCAGAGAUCUGGGCUUAAAGGGAGAGGAUCUGAUGGGCCCAGUUUGACUCAAAGAUAAUUCCAUAUAUAUUUCCACAAAUGGCGCUUUAGUAAAAAAAAGAGAAAGGGGGGAACAAAAGCAUACUCAGGAUUUUGGAGGGGAUAUAACUUUUUAAAUAAAGCCGCCCGUUUUUCUGCAGCAGCUGCGGGCGCUCACCAUGGAGAUGGAAAGAUGGACCAUCAGGUGGAAAACGAAAAGGCGUCUAUUAGAUUCAACGCUAGCCGCGGUGGGCACUUUAAUCCUAAUUCUACAAAGUGUCAGUGCAGCUGAACCUGUCGAUGUACUAAAAGCGCUAGACUUCCAGAGUUCUCCAGAAGGAGUCCGGAAAACACCAGGGUUCUGCACAGUCCGGAGAGGAUCCAAGCCCGACGUAGCAUAUAGAGUGACAAAAAACGCUCAGAUCAGUGCUCCAACCAAACAGCUCUUCCCAGGAGGAGUUUUCCCUGAAGAUUUCUCCAUUUUGUUCACCAUCAAGCCCAAGGCUAGACUCCAGUCUUUCCUUCUAUCCAUAUACAACAAACAAGGCCUCCAGCAGCUGGGGGUGGAGGUGGGCCGGGCCCCCGUCUUCCUAUACGAGGACCAGCAUGGCAAGCCCACCCCAGAGGAAUACCCUUUGUUCCGCUCCAUCAACCUUGCUGAUGGCAAAUGGCACAGAGUCGCUAUCAGCGUUGAGAAGAAGAGCAUCACCGUCUUUGUGGACUGUAAGAAGAAGCUGACCAAAGCGCUUAAAAGAAGUGACCAAGCCGUGAUCGACACUGAAGGCAUUACAGUCUUUGGUACCAGAAUCUUGGAUGAUGAAGUCUUCGAGGGUGACAUUCAGCAGCUGUUGAUAUUGUCAGAUCCCAGAGCCGCCUAUGACUACUGUGAACACUACAGCCCUGACUGUGGAGCACCCAGCCACCAUGACACCCCACAGGCCCAGGAACCAGAGGAAGAGUACCCAGUCUACGACUACGGUGAAUUUUAUGACUACGGUGAAGGGGAGGUAACCACUGACGCUCCGCCUACAUCAAGAGCAAAGGCUGAGACAAAUGCUGGUGGAGAAUAUUCCACUAACGAGUAUGACUACACCGUGGUGGAAGGGAGUCAGCCUGAUCCUCCGACAGAGACUUCCAGACAAAGCCAGACUUACGAUGCCGAAAUAGAGGAGGAUUAUGUCACCGGUGUGGAUGAGGUCGGAGUGGACCCCACUGUUGCUGUGGAAAGUUCUGAUCCAGUGGACCCACCAGUGAAGGCGCAACCUGAAACGGAUGUGAAAGAGUUUAAGGAAUACGACAUGAAGGAAUAUGAUACCAAAGAGUUUGUGGAGAAACCCUACGACUACGGCACUUAUGUGGAUUACGACGAUUAUGGUACCACCAAUGCAAAGCCGACCCCCGAAGUGUACGAGGAUGAGAUCGGUCCCGGUGUUCCAGCAGAGACAGAUUUCAGCGUGAGUGGGGGACACAAUUACUUGGGACAAAAAGGAGAGAAGGGUGAACCUGCAGUCAUUGAACCUGGGAUGCUUUUAGAAGGACCCCAAGGAGCCCCUGGCCCAGCAGGUGUUCCUGGUAACCCAGGAUUGCAGGGACCCCCAGGUACUCCAGGAGAUCCUGGUGAGAGGGGUCCUCCUGGCCGUCCUGGUAUUCCAGGUUCAGACGGUGUCCCUGGCCCUCCAGGUACCGUUCUGAUGCUACCAUUCCGUGCGGGUGGUGAGGCACACAAGGGACCUGUGAUAACAGCCCAAGAAGCUCAGGCGCAGGCCAUCCUAUCUCAGGCUAAACUAACAAUGAGAGGCCCCCCGGGGCCGAUGGGGUUGGCAGGAAGAUCUGGACUUUUGGGACCCCCUGGGGCUCCUGGACUCAAAGGUGACAGCGGUGACUCUGGACCACAGGGACCAAGAGGUCUUCAGGGUCCAACUGGUUCACCAGGGAAACCAGGAAAAAGGGGUCGUAAUGGAGCUGACGGUGCACGAGGAAUGCCAGGAGAGUCAGGCGCAAAGGGUGACAGAGGUUUUGAUGGCCUCCCCGGUCUCCCUGGAGAGAAAGGACACAGGGGAGAACAUGGCCCCACUGGCCCUCCGGGGUCUCCAGGAGACGACGGGCCAAGAGGUGAAGAUGGCCAUGUUGGACAGAGAGGAGUGGCUGGAGAGAGUGGCCCCAGAGGUUUGCUUGGCCCCAGAGGGUCCCCAGGUCCUCCAGGACAACCUGGUCUUUCUGGACUGGAUGGUCAAGCUGGUCCCAAAGGAAACAUGGGUCCACAAGGAGAACCAGGUCCUCCUGGGCAACAAGGCCUGCCUGGUCCUCAUGGUCUCAUUGGUCCUCAAGGUCCAAUUGGGCCUCCGGGUGAAAAAGGGCCUCAAGGGAAGCAAGGUCUGGCUGGACUUGCCGGUGCUGAUGGCCCUCCUGGUCACCCUGGGAAAGAAGGACCUCCUGGAGAGAAAGGAUCCACGGGUUUUCCAGGUCCAAUAGGAUCUAUCGGCUAUCCUGGUCCCCGUGGUGUGAAAGGCGCUGAGGGAGUUCGAGGCGUCAGAGGAGACAAAGGAGAAAAGGGAGAGGAUGGAUUCCCUGGUUUCAAAGGGGACAUGGGCAUCAAGGGGGACAAGGGUGAGGGUGGUGUACAAGGACCCAGAGGAGAAGAUGGACCUGAAGGGCCAAAGGGCAAAUCAGGACCAGGUGGAGAGGCUGGACCCAUGGGUUUAGCAGGAGAGAAGGGAAAACUUGGAGUCCCUGGAUUGCCUGGAUACCCUGGAAGACAAGGCCCAAAGGGCUCGAAUGGCUUCAAUGGAUUCCCUGGAGCAAACGGUGAAAAAGGAGCAAGGGGAACCGCUGGCAAGUCAGGCCCUCGAGGGCAGCGUGGACCGACAGGUCCGCGUGGGGGACGGGGAGCGAGAGGACCGACAGGAAAGCCAGGCGCAAAGGGCACCUCAGGCAGCGACGGACCUCCAGGCCCACCUGGAGAGCGGGGACCUCAAGGACCUCAGGGACCCGUCGGUUUACCCGGACCCAAAGGACCUAAUGGUCCACCAGGGAAAGACGGGCUGCCAGGACAUCCUGGACAGAGGGGGGAAACGGGUUUCCAAGGAAAGACUGGCCCUCCGGGACCUGGAGGGGUGGUUGGACCUCAGGGACCAACUGGAGAGACAGGACCAAGCGGAGAGCGAGGACACCCAGGGUCUCCUGGUCCACCCGGAGAGCAAGGUCUACCUGGAGCUGCAGGAAAAGAAGGAGGAAAGGGUGAUCCAGGUCCUUCAGGUCAUUCUGGCAAGGUGGGACCACCUGGAUUAAAAGGUUUCCAAGGGGCAAGAGGUCUCCCAGGAGCCAUGGGUCCAGGUGGCUUAAAGGGAGGAGAAGGACCUCAGGGUCCCCCCGGCCCCAUCGGUUCCCCUGGUGAGAGAGGCCCUGCUGGUCCCGGAGGUCCUAUUGGUCAGACAGGACGCAACGGCCCACAAGGACCACCAGGCCCUGCUGGAGAAAAGGGAUCCCCUGGAGAGAAAGGUCCCAUGGGUCCAGCUGGCCGUGACGGCAUUCAAGGUCCGGUAGGUCUUCCUGGUCCAGCUGGUCCUCAGGGUCCCCCAGGAGAGGACGGCGAUAAGGGAGAAGUGGGCGGACCUGGACAGAAGGGAAGCAAAGGAGACAAGGGUGAACGGGGUCCACCCGGCCCAACAGGUCUCCAGGGCGUGGUUGGAGCUCCCGGUCCAGCUGGCAGUGAUGGUGAGUCUGGGCCAAGAGGACAGCAGGGCAUGUUUGGUCAGAAAGGAGAUGAAGGACCCAGAGGCUUUCCAGGGCUGCCAGGACCCAUCGGACUGCAGGGCUUGCCAGGCCCUCCUGGUGAGAAGGGAGAGAACGGAGAUGUCGGACCAAUGGGUCCACCCGGCCCUCCAGGUCCCAGGGGUCCACAGGGCCCCAGUGGAGCUGAUGGUGCACAAGGUCCCCCUGGGGGUAUUGGAGCAAUGGGCGGUGUUGGUGAGAAGGGAGAAAAUGGUGAAGCCGGUAACCCAGGAACACCUGGAGAGCCUGGUACCCCAGGCCUCCGAGGAGAGAUCGGCGAGAAGGGAGAAACCGGGCCACCCGGUGCUGCCGGACCCCCUGGCGGCAGAGGCCCCCCCGGAGACGAUGGUCCCAAGGGAAACCCUGGACCCGUCGGCUUCCCAGGAGACCCAGGUCCCCCUGGUGAGCCUGGUGCUGGGGGUCUUGAUGGUUUACCUGGUGAUAAAGGUGAUGAUGGUGAACCUGGACAGCCGGGUCCUCCAGGUCCAUCUGGUGAAGCUGGAGUACCAGGGCCCCCUGGCAAAAGGGGACCUCUCGGAUCUCAAGGCCAGGGGGGAAGGCAAGGAGAAAAGGGAUCUAAGGGAGAAGCCGGAGCAGAGGGACCUGUUGGGAAAACAGGACCUGUGGGAUCUCAGGGCCCCCCUGGAAAACCUGGUGCUGAGGGUCUGCGUGGAAUCCCUGGCCCCGUUGGUGAGCAAGGACUGCCUGGUGCAUCUGGUCAAGAUGGCCCUCCCGGUCCUAUCGGACCGCCUGGACUUCCUGGCAUGAAAGGUGACUCUGGAUCCAAAGGAGAAAAGGGUCAUCCUGGUCUGAUUGGUCUGAUUGGACCCCCGGGUGAACCGGGAGAGAAGGGAGACAGAGGUCUACCCGGACCCCAGGGUGCUGGAGGUGGCAAGGGAGAACCUGGUAUCGGUGGAGCACACGGCCCACUCGGGCCUCCUGGUCCACCAGGACUUCCUGGUGCGCAAGGACAGAAAGGAUCUAAGGGAUCAGUCGGUACAACUGGUCAGAAGGGAGAUCCUGGACUCAUAGGGCCACCUGGACCACCUGGUCCACCUGGUGACAUGAUCCAGCCGCUGCCCAUUCAGCAGCCUGGCAAAAAGAGCAGGCGGCAGGCUGAAACGCAAGGAGAUGAGGCUUUGACGGAUUACGGCAUGGAGGGAAUGGACGACGUCUUCGGAUCCCUCAACAACCUCAAACAGGACAUCGAGCGCAUGAAGUUCCCCAUGGGCACCCAGGACAAUCCCGCCAGGACCUGCAAUGACCUGCACCUCAGCCAGCCCGAUUUCCCCGACGGUGAAUACUGGAUUGAUCCGAACCAGGGCUGCAUCGGAGACGCCAUCAAAGUGUUCUGUAACUUCACAGCAGGUGGAGAAACAUGCAUUUACCCAGACAAGAAAUCAACAGGAGUUAGAAUAUCCAACUGGCCUAAGGAAUCACCAGGUUCAUGGUUUAGUGAAUUCAAGCGUGGCAAAAUUCUGAGCUACGUGGACGGUGGUGACAACAGCAUCAACGCUGUUCAGAUGACCUUCCUGAAGCUGCUGAGCUCCUCGGCGCGGCAGAACUUCACCUACAUUUGCCAUCAGUCGGUGGCCUGGUACGACUCCAAGGCCGACAACUACGACAGAGCGCUGCGCUUCCUGGGCUCCAACGACGAGGAAAUGUCUUAUGACAAUAAUCCCUUCAUCAAGUCGCUGAUGGAUGGCUGCUCGAUGAAGCAGGGUUAUUCAAGGACAGUGCUGGAAAUUAACACACCUCGCAUCGACCAGUUACCCAUCAUUGAUGUAAUGCUGAAUGACUUUGGGGAAUCCAACCAGAGGUUCGGCUUCGAGGUCGGCUCCGUGUGUUUCCUCGGCUAGACACGCCCGUCUUCCCCCCCCCCGCCCCGCUGAAGGACAGGGUCAGAGAGUCAACAGUAACACCCACAUGAAGAGAGCCUCCCUCUCAGCCACCACCUACCGUCUCCUACGAAGUAAAAUCCCAUUUUCCGUUAUUGUAAAGAAGGUCCGACUAGCUGGGAGAAGAAGAAAAGCACGCUUUGACCCUGCCUUAAAAGCGCUGAUCAGGGGAAACUCCUCCUUGCCCUCGUAGGGCCAGAAUCACGUGACUUUAACUUGUAAUGAGAGUGACAUCAGGAAAAGGACUUUUGAUGCCGUGGUGGACAGUGGCAUACUUUCAGCAUUAAAGAGAGGAUCCACUCGCCCCAAACUUCGCCCUCCCAUCCCCCGGUCCUCUCUGCAUGCUCCAAGUGAUGCUCUGAAUUAUACCACAGAGGUGCUUUUGUGCAGAAUCGCAAAACACUAAAGGUGCUACAAACAGUGCAUUUGAUAAAACUGUAAUUAAUAAUAUUUGAAUUUUGUACAUUACUGUUCCUCUCUGAAUCCACUCUUAACAACUUGCAUGUGCUUCUUUGGUUUUAAAGAAAUAUUUGGUCAACUUUGUUAGAAUAAAUUUUGUUAGGAUAUUUAAAGUUUCUUAGAAUCUGUCUGAAAACAUCUACGACAUACAUUUGACUAAAGCUUCAAUUUGUAAGUAUGAAUCAGUCCUCUUGUAAAUAACAUGAUUCUUGUCCUCUUUCGUGAGCUUAGAAAUUAACUGGAACAUAACAUCUAACCAAAAAAUAAAUAAAUAAAUUUCCCAGUAGGAAAUUAAGCCAUAAUAAAAUGAGGUUAUAAUAUAAAUAUUCUAAAAAAGGGCUUAUUCUUCCAGCUGUUAUACCUCAGUUUCCUUAAAAAAUCUGAACGUUAGACAGUCAAGUUUAUAUUUUCUGUGGUUUAUAACUAAUAAAACUAUUUUUUUUUUUGUGUGUGUGUGUGUGGGAAAGGUAUGUCUAGUUGUUUUCAUUCAAUCCCAAAGACGUCUUGUGGAUAUUUCCUUUGUAACAAUGAACAAAAUGUUUUCAUGUGCCUUAAAUUGUUCAUUUAAGAAAUACAUUAAAAUUGGGCUCUGAAAAACA